ACUUCUGAAGCUGCAAUGUCGACUUUGAAAGUCGACCUCGAGCAGCUACUAGAAGUUGCACUUUCCUCGCAAGAAGCCGGCAAUGUUAAUUUUAAUGUCUUGCGAGGAUUUUUACACGAGAUUCUGAAGCAUCUGGGGAUAAAAAGAAAAACCAUUUGGAUCAACGACGAGAGCGAGGACUUCAAGACGGUAUAUGAAAUGAUUCAAGAUGGUAUUCUAGAGGCGAGAGGGCAAUCACCUUUUGACUUAGACAUGAUCCAAGAGAGCGCUUCACCAGUUCUKCAACAGGAAACAAUAUCAGAAGGCAAACUGCCAAGCGUAAGUCCAUCCUCUAAACGAUCCAAGUCAGCAACACCGCGAAUAAGUCGAGAAAGGGUAGCCUCAGCAGAUAAUAGAUCUGAAACUUCAAUAGCAAGUCCUGAUGCUGCAUCGAAGGCUUCGCCUGUUUUCAACAUAACUCCGCCCCCUACUUCUAGUUUUCUUCAAAGCGGAGGAAGUACCACAAGUGCUGCAGCGAGUAUUCAUAAGACUUCAUCGCGUUCGUGUCAAAGCCUUGAAAAUACUGGCGUUCGUGGUGAAGUAAGAACUCUCAAGAAGACUUUGAUAGACCUUCAAUCGCGCGUUGAGAYCUUGGAAAACCCAAGGAGUCCAAUGAAAGUGAGAUCUACUGCGUCCAUGUUUUUGCAGGGUGAGUCAAAAACACCUGCGCAAGACAUGCUUGAAGUCAUCAACAUUGGACGAAAACUUGAAGCUUCUGAGAGCACCAUACAGGCUCUUUCUGAAAUGAUUGACGCUUUAACAUCAGAGGUCAGUGAUGUGAAGGAUAAGUUGUCAAAGGUUCACAACAUCGAGAAAGUAUCUACAGAAAUGGAAAGUUUCAAAGAUUCCUUAAAAGAACUUGAAAAUACCUUAGCCUCGCAAACAGAAAAAAGACAAACUCCUCCACAAAUCGUUGAUCUGGAAGAGAAAGAGAAGCAAAAAGACGAAGAAGAAACAAAGAGGAAAGUCGAGGAAAAUACCAAACAAAAAGAGAUCGAGAAAAACUUAGAGCACCUUAACAAGGAAAUCAAAACACUUAUGGCGCAAAUCAACACAUAUAAGCACGAUGCCGAACGGAAAAUACAGCACGAAAUAAACCAGCUUGCAACUCAGUUUCUGAGUAGUAAAGAAGACAAAGAAGCUGCUCCUUUUGUCAUUUCGAAUGAGCCACCAAAAGAGUGUUAUGAAGCUUUGGAUAGGUGCGAAGAACUGCAAGAGGCCCAGGCGCUUAUCGAAGAGCAAGUUAAAGACGUUGAAAACCGCGUAGAAACACUAGAAUCAAUGGGUUUGCAGCAGCGUUCAUCCAGCCCCACUUCUGAUUCAUCGACUGACUUUAUACAACAAUUGAGACAAGAAUUGCAAACUAUUAACAAGAAAAUUGACGAGACUACUAAAGAAACUUCCCAAACAGUAAAAAGGUUGGAUUUUGAACGGCAAAAAGUAAAUACAUUCAUGGAAGAAAAUAAACUGCAAGUUCCACAACUGCAAAACAGUUUCAAGCUUCAGGAAAAAGAAGUUGAGAGAAUAAGUGCAAUACUUCAAGCAUUAUUGGCCGAGAAAGAAGACCUCAAGAGCCAGUCUAGCCAUCGAACUCGAACCCGUAGUUUUGCGGAUGGCUCAGAAGACAUYAGUCUUAUUCGAGCAAUGAUAUUUGACCUGCAGGAAGAGAAAGACAACUUAAAGCACGCUAACAAAAGCAUCCUUGAGCAGAUUUACAUGAAACAGAAAAAACUUGACGAGUUACACGAACAGCUCGAGACGAUCCAAGUUGUGAAGGCUGACAAGGACCUGGUGACGAAUGAAAUCAAAUUCAAAGCCGACAAGAGGGACGUGGAGUUGAAGGUUGAGCGCGARGACUUUGAUCGUUACAUAGGCUUAGUUGAUCAGUCACUAAGAGAUCUUUUACAGAGGCUUGAAGGCCAUGAAAAUGUGCUUAGAGAAGCCAUGGACAGUAUUUCAGGCCACAUUAGAACAAAACUCGAUAAAGCUGAAGUCGAACCAUUGAAGCUCUUCUUGGAAGAGAGGCUCAAGUCCUUCAAACCCAAACCUGUUGAAAUUCGYCCACCUGCAGAAGAAUACGCUGCCGGAUUUAGAAAAGUGCUUAUCAAGAAUUUCUCGUGUAUCUCAUGCGAUCGUCCUGUAGAGUUUGCACGUGACGGGAUGUUCCCGCCAUUACCAUCCACACAGCCAAUGCCCAUCAAGAAGUCCAACCGACCUUACACAACGUACGAGUUGGAUCAAGUACGCCAACAUAUGAUUCGCGGAGGAUUAGAAAUUGAUCAAGAACGYUUUGAGGCCAUUGACAAUCGCCGCAGAAGACUACAAAAUGAACUUCUCAAGCUUAGCGGUACUCCAAACAUAGAGCAGCUCUCUGAGGUGAUUGACAGRCCAUGUGGGGGUAGCCACACCCUGUCCUUUCCCCAUAGCCGGAGUAUCAUACGAGGCCUCCAGCUAAACAAGGAUGAACUUAUUCUUGAGACUACAGAAAACAGYCUUAAGAACCUCCAGAACGUUGACAUCAUGGGUCAAGAUGGUCACAUCUAUAAAGGUCUAGUAGAAGAUGUACCAGGAGUUGUUUUACCACAGAUURGUGAUAAACCCAUCCCCUCCCCACCCCCAACAGUAAAGAAAGUUCUUGACGAGGACCCAGGGCGUAACCACAGCACAACACCUACUUCUGAAAAGAGGCUUCCUACAGACACAGAUGAUGUUGAUAGCUCUUAAAAUAAUGGCCGAUUUCAAAAUCUUUAUCUAAACAUGUUGCUUUCUUAAACAAUAUUUGUUGCUUUUUCUCSACAUUGAAUAAAGUACCAAGCCCUUGAAAUCAGGAUAUAAACCAAUAUGUGCCUUUUUCUUAAUAAAUGAUUAAUCAUUA